GGCUCAGGACGGCAGGCGCGUGGGUUGGAGCGCGCCGGAGGCCGGCGUGCGCGCGCCCGCAGCGCCCCUAUCUCCAGGAGGGAGGCCAGGGAUUCGGAGUGUGUGAGGAGCGGCGGCAGCGGUAGCGGCGUGGGUGGGAUGCGCUCCCCGACCCUUCUAGCACGGUGGAGGUACAACUCGAAGGUGUGGGUAGGCCGCGACAAACCGGAACUGCAGCACGCCGGGGACACCGGGCCUCACUUCCGGGAGAGGAGGGCAGUUUACGGGAAGGGGCAGGACCUGGAGCUUGGCCCGCCCGUCUUCGUGGGCGCUCUGCUAGGCCACGCCACUGUGGCGUCAUUGCACUGUUGACCCGCCCCAUCUGCCUCCGACGCUGACACUUUCGCGACAUCUGACGUCAGGGGGAAGUCUCAAAUCUUCAGCCCUAGGAUGGGAUCCCGGAAGGGCAGAGUCGGGGACCGGACUCAAAACUCUUUCUUCCCGUUCAGCCUGCAGAGCUGAGCCCAGCCUGGGUCCUGGACCCGCGUGGUACCGACCCUGGAUCCCUCCUCACUGCAUUCUCGCUCCCCGCGCCACCGGCUGGAACCCAGGAUGCCGGGCGUCUCCGCCCGGGGACUCUCUCACGAGGAGAGGAGGCAGCUAGCUGUGAACCUCACCCGUGUCCUGGCGCUCUACCGUUCCAUCCUGGACGCCUACAUCAUCGAGUUUUUCACAGACAACCUGUGGGACACACUCCCUUGCUCCUGGCAGGAAGCAUUGGAUGGACUGAACCCACCGCAGCUGGCCACAUUGCUGCUGGGAAUGCCGGGGGAUGGGGAGGUAGUCAGCUACAGGUCGGUGUGGCCACUCACCCUUCUGGCCCUGAAGUCCACAGCCUAUGCCCUGGCCUUUACCCGGACGCCUGGCUUUCAGACCCCCUCAGAGUUCUCGGAGAACCCCAGCCAGAGCUCCCGACUAACACCUCCAUUCCGGAAACAUGUCAGGCCCAAGAAGCAGCAUGAGAUCCGGAGGUUGGGAGAGUUGGUGAAGAAGCUGAGUGAUCUCACAGGCUGCACCCAGGUGGUGGAUGUGGGCUCAGGCCAGGGCCAUCUCUCCCGCUUCAUGUCUCUGGGGCUGGGACUGAUGGUGAAGAGCAUUGAAGGGGAUCAGAGAUUGGUGGAGAGAGCCCAGCGCCUGGACCAGGAGCUCCUGCAGGCUCUGGAGAAAGAGAAGAAGAGGAACCCGCAGGUGGUCCAGACUGGCCCUCGCUACUCCCCAUACCAUGUGGUUAGGUGGGUGGACCCCACAGCUGUGUGCAAGGAGCUUCUGCUUCCACUGGAGAACCCAUGUCAGGGUGGGGCCCGCUUGCUGCUAACAGGCCUCCAUGCCUGUGGGGAUCUGAGCGUUGCCUUGCUGAGGCACUUCUCCUGCUGCCCUGAGGUGGUGGCCCUGGCCUCAGUGGGUUGCUGCUACAUGAAGCUGAGUGACCCUGGCAGCUAUCCAUUAAGUCAAUGGGUGGCUGGGCUGCCUGGGUAUGAACUGCCCUACAGGCUUCGCGAAGGGGCCUGCCAUGCCCUGGAAGAAUACGCUGAGAGACUACAGAAAGAAGGCCCUGGCCUCCGAACCCACUGCUACCGUGCAGUGCUGGAGACAGUCAUCCGAUGUGCCCGACCUGAGCUCCGUAGGCCAGGCGUGCAAGGGAUCCCCAGGGUCCACGAGCUCAAGAUUGAAGAAUAUGUGCAGCGGGGGCUACAGCGAGUGGGGCUGGACCCCCAGCUUCCAUUGAAUCUAGCUGCCCUUCAGGCCCACCAGGCCCAGGAGAACCGUGUGGUGGCCUUCUUCAGCCUGGCCCUGCUGCUGGCCCCACUGGUUGAGACACUGAUUCUACUGGACCGGCUGCUCUACCUUCAGGAGCAAGGCUUCCAUGCUGAGCUCCUGCCCAUCUUCAGCCCUGAACUCUCACCCAGAAAUCUGGUUCUGGUGGCCACUAAGAUGCCCCUGGGUCAGGCCUUCUCUGUUCUGGAGACUGAAGACAGCUGACACAGCCUGAGGAAGGGCAUGUCUCAGAUCCCAUCUGAAACCACCUGGAUGGCACACUGUGGCAGAGUGCACCUCCUCACCCAAAGAAAAGCAUCCUGCAUCCUCCCUGGAAUCCUGGUUCACCACAAACCUUCAGUUUCAUACCUUUUCUUUCCCUCCGUGUGUUAUGUAAUGUGUAAAAUUUUAUCUUUAAU